GUGGCUGCUGUUGUUUCACCCCACUCGGGCUCCUGGCAGGGGAACUUUCUGUUCUCUUAGCGCUAUCCUAGGCUUCCCAGUUGAGCUCUCUGAGAAGAUAAAACUCAAAGGGCUGCGUGUAUGUUUCAAACAGACAGAGGGAGACAGGAGCACACGCAGUCGGCGGAAGACGGGGCCACUGCCCGGUCACGGCCCGGCCACGGCUGAAUGCGGGAGCCGGCGUGACCUUUCCACGUGUCCCCGACACCUGCGAGGCUAGCGGGGCACCGGGUUUCCUUUUCCCGGGAGCCGGCGCGAGCCCGGAAGAGGCUGGGCGUCUGGGGGCUUAGGUCGGGGGGCCGGGAGGCCCUCCUUCGGAACACGUGCGGCCAGCGCGCAGCUGGUGCGAGGGCUGACCUGGCCUUCCCGCCCCGGCUGGGCCCGCGAGUCCCUGACCCGCCGGCAGGCGCCGGGAGGCGGGCCGCGGCGGUGGCGGCGGGCGGGUCCCGGAGCUUUCGGCCAGCUCUUUAGGGCGGCCUAGCGAGCGCGCCAGGCCCGGCUGGAGCGAGCCCCAGUGCAGUACUGCCCGAGCCCGGGCGGGGUCUCUGUUCUCUGGCAGAGGAGGUCCCUUGGCAGCGGGAAGCUCCCUCUCUUUCUCUCGCCGCCGCUCGGAGUCUGCGCCCUGCUGCCAGGCGCCCAGCUCGGCGCUCCCCUGUGCUCGCCCGGCGCCCACUCAUUCGCAGCCCGGCCUUCGUCGCCGCCGCCUCCCUGCUCCUCCUCCUCCUCCUCCUCCUCCUCCUUUCCCCAGCCCGCCGCGGCCAUGGCGGACAGCGCCAGCGAGAGCGACACGGACGGGGCGGGGGGCAACAGCAGCAGCUCGGCCGCCAUGCAGUCGUCCUGCUCAUCGACCUCGGGCGGCGGCGGUGGCGGUGGAGGCGGGGGAGGCGGCGGCGGUGGGAAGUCGGGGGGCAUUGUCAUCUCGCCGUUCCGCCUGGAGGAGCUCACCAACCGCCUGGCCUCGCUGCAGCAGGAGAACAAGGUGCUGAAGAUCGAGCUGGAGACCUACAAACUCAAGUGCAAGGCGCUGCAGGAGGAAAACCGCGACCUGCGCAAAGCCAGCGUGACCAUCCAAGCCAGGGCUGAGCAAGAAGAAGAAUUCAUCAGUAACACUUUAUUCAAGAAAAUUCAGGCUUUGCAGAAAGAGAAAGAAACCCUUGCUGUAAAUUAUGAGAAGGAAGAAGAGUUCCUCACUAAUGAGCUCUCCAGAAAGUUGAUGCAGUUGCAGCAUGAGAAAGCCGAACUAGAACAGCAUCUCGAACAAGAGCAGGAAUUCCAGGUCAACAAACUGAUGAAGAAAAUUAAAAAACUGGAGAAUGAUACCAUUUCGAAGCAGCUUACAUUAGAGCAGUUGAGACGAGAGAAGAUCGACCUUGAAAAUACUUUGGAACAAGAACAAGAAGCACUAGUUAAUCGUCUCUGGAAAAGGAUGGACAAACUUGAAGCUGAAAAGCGAAUCCUGCAGGAGAAAUUAGACCAGCCGGUCUCUGCGCCCCCGUCGCCUAGAGACAUCUCCAUGGAGAUAGACUCUCCAGAAAACAUGAUGCGCCACAUCAGGUUUUUAAAGAAUGAAGUGGAGAGGCUGAAGAAGCAGCUGAGAGCCGCUCAGUUACAGCAUUCCGAGAAGAUGGCGCAGUAUCUGGAGGAGGAGCGCCACAUGCGGGAAGAGAACUUACGGCUGCAGAGGAAGCUGCAGAGGGAGAUGGAGAGAAGGGAAGCCCUCUGUCGGCAGCUCUCUGAGAGCGAGUCCAGCCUGGAAAUGGAUGAUGAAAGGUAUUUUAAUGAGAUGUCUGCACAAGGAUUAAGACCUCGCACUGUGUCCAGCCCGAUCCCUUACACACCUUCUCCAAGUUCCAGCAGGCCUAUAUCACCCGGUCUAUCAUAUGCAAGUCAUACAGUUGGCUUCACGCCACCAACUUCACUGACUAGAGCCGGAAUGUCUUACUACAAUUCCCCGGGUCUUCAUGUGCAGCACAUGGGAGCAUCCCAUGGCAUCACAAGGCCUUCACCACGGAGAAGCAACAGUCCUGACAAAUUCAAACGGCCUACGCCUCCUCCGUCUCCCAACACACAGACCCCAGUGCAGCCCCCUCCACCUCCACCUCCGCCGCCCAUGCAGCCCGCGGCCCCCUCGGCAGCCACCUCGCAACCCGCCCCUUCACAACAUCCGGGGCACCCCUCCUCCCAGCCUUAAUGCAUGUGCUUGGUCUGCAUCUCACGUUGGGACUCGUACAGUGGAGCCGUCUCCUCGACGCCAAAGGCUUCCUUCCCUGGCAUAUUUGGAUCUGACUUAUUUGCACUGAGGUUAUCUAGGCUUCACUAUUAAUUGUGUUGUAAGUGUUUGUCGGAAACGCAGCCAGUGUUGUGGGUCUACAACACUAAACAGACGACUUUUUCCAUCAGUGUUUUACUUGAAUCUACAUGUACGUCCAUUCCCUGGCUGGAGCAUCUGCUAGUCAAUAUUUGGUAAUUCAGAAGCAGCGUGCAAUUUUUGCUUGGCCCCAGAGCUUCAUUUUCCUGGCUUUUAGGUUUGUAAAAUAAAAAGGGAUAUCUUUUUUAUAUUUGUUUUCAUAAAUUUGCAGAAAAUUACUGAGCUGUUAAUCCCACCCCUAACCCCCAUUAUAAUGGUGUUUACCAAACAUCCCAGUAAUUCAGCACUACAAUUCAGACCUUUGAAAAUCUAGCUUUCGGUGUAGAAUGGAAAGUUAGAUGGAUCAGUGCCCAAGACCAUAAACUCUUUAAUAGAGCUUUUUACAGAUACACUUUUUAUAGGUUUUUUUCAGUAUACGUCAACAUCCGUUCUCUUGUAAAACAGGCCGAAGUGAUGGAUCACGUGGCUGUACCUUUUCCACAUGUGGGAUGGAUAAUUAUUGUAGAUUAAGGUGUGAUUCUUUCCUUAUCUUUAGUGUUAAUCUACCCAGACCGGGCCCCUCUAACAUGAGUCGAUAAAUGUUGUCCUACCAACCAGUGGUUUUGAUGGCUGGUUAGAACAUGCUAUUUGAUUUCUGCUGCAGAGGGCAAUGUGAUUGUAACAAAAACAGCUGUUUACCUUUCCAUUCUUUGUGUUCCCCUAAAAUAGAGUUUGAACAAAUAUUUUAAAGGUGCAAAAUAUUAGAAAAUACUAUUUGAAAUGAACAUUAUAGGAAUAUCUUGGCAUAAUGGCCACAGAAUACUUUAUUGCUUGGCAGAAAAGAGAAGAGUUGUAGAAGAAAGUAGCACAUUAGCAUUGAUGACCGCUUACAUCGCCCAGUAUAAGCAAGUGCAGUGUACAAAGAAUACUCUGAAUACAUUAUUUCCAUUCAUUCAGCACAAAUAAAUUGUUUGGUUUCACUUUGAAGUGGAACACUGUGAGUCACUCUUUUCUUAAUACUUGCAACAUCUUUAUUUUUUGCUUUUCAGCAGUUACUGUUUUGUACUUUGGUAGUAAAGUGAUUUUUACCACUUGUGUUUGCAUAUUUAUAUAUGCUGUGGAUGAAAAUAACUUACUAGAGAAUGUAUAUUUUAUGAUGAGAAUGUGUAUCUGUUGGAUAUAAUCAGAGAACUGAAAAUUAAUUUAUCAGUAAUUUUUAAGAGUCCCUGUUUUGUGACAACCAUCUCUAAUAGCUAGCUCUUUAUUGAACACACUCCUAAAAAUAAGGAACCGUGACAUUGUAGAUAUUUAAUAGUGUACAGUAUAGAAACUUCCAUUUUUGCCUUCGAAUGCAUAUUUAAGAAUUACAGAAUGAAACAAGUCUUGUUGGAUAAUAGUGUUUGACUAGCAUUUUAAGAACUUGAGAGUAAAAGCAACAGUAGGAUUUUUCACCUCUUCCUGCUUCCACCCCUGAACUGAGAACUUCACUCCCCAGUUGGUCUAUAUAAAUGUUAUUUAUAACGUGUACGUAAUAUGCAUAAUCAUAGUGCAGUUCUCAAAUAUGGGGAAGAAGUUCGGCAAUUAAUUAUUGAGGCUUUAGGUUUUUAAUUCGAUCAGACGAGGUCAUAUCAAACCCGGGGAUCUCACCAACAGCCCGCUGUCCCUCCCGGUACAUUGCCAUUCCGAGGAAUUCUGAGAAGGGGCAAACAAGGUUUGCCUUCAUGGUACAGUUCUUGGUUUUUCUCCUAGGAAAAGCGUGGUCUGUGUUUACAAGAGUCUUGCUUGAGAUGAUAGAAUUCAAUGCUGUUGAAUAGCAGCUUGCACUCCCAUCGGAACGUCCAUAAAGCAACGAGUUUCCUCUGCUUCCUGUCCAUUGAGUUACCUCCUGAAAGCACACUAGUCCAGACAUUGCCAUGUGGUGAACAGAAAGCACUUGGCGUGAGCAGACCGUUCCUGACAAAUGCCUUUUAGAAACAGGUUCUUGAUAUUCAGACUUUGCAGAACUGUAGUGCUGGUGCCCCUGGACUAGUCAGUUCCUUUCAAUAUAGACCACAGCUCCUUCAAACAGCACUUUUCAACAUAAAUCUUGUUGCCUCUCCCUGCAGACAUUCAGAAUUGAGAGAACAAACACUACUAUUUUGAAUUUAUGCUGUUUUGUGUACUUCUAAAGGGUUUUUGACCCCACGUAGAGCCUGUCCCGCAUGGGCGGUACACAUGCUAGGGCCAUUUCUUAGUGAUUGUUUAGCCAUGAGGGACCCAUAAAAUUCAGACCCCAAGCCCGUAGAGGCAGGAGUCCCCUCACCCAUGGGAAGCUGCCUUACCUCAGGCUCUUCUCUUUGGGGCUAAAUAUGGUUCCUGCCAUUCCUGUUGCUCACUCACCCAGGGUAACCCUGGACUGAUGCCCCGAAGGCCUUUGUAAAAUCCGUAGCCAUCAUGAAGGCAGGCGGGAACAGCAGUAGCUUCAGUAACUUCCUUUUCCUGUCUUGCUGACAGAGACCCUUGGCUACCACUGUGCUGCUAAUAGGAUAAGUACUCUGUUGCCAGACUACCAUGCCUUCUAUACAAAACCAAAUUAACUUCUGUAAUACCUGACACCUCUCUGGGCUCUGAACUGCUUUCUCUCAUCAAGCAUGCUGGCAUUCUGGACAGAAUUCUAGAAAUUUGGCAGAGGGUGGAAGUAUUUAAGGUUUAAUUUAACUUGCUCCUUUGUUAAUUGAAAGGAGUUUUAAAUUCUGAGCUCCUGAGAUACCACAACCAUGGAAUGAAUGUGUGACCAGAAUGUGGCUUUGACACCAAGUGCUGCUGUCCCUUUGUAAUUGGCUUCUAACUGAUUUGACCAGAGAUAAUUGAUAAUGUGAAUUUUUGUUAACUGUUCAAUUGUAGGAAAAUAGAGUAUGUAUCGCCCUUUGUUAGGUAGACAUGAACUUUUCCUGCACGAAGCCUUGCUUAUAGAGGAUGCUCAAUAAGGCAAGAAAAAGCAUAGUAACUGUGCUUCGAGAACGCAAUAUUUUUAUCUUACCAGUACAGAAGAGUCAUUUCUGUGUAACUUGAUCUUCUGUCUAGUACUUGUCUUAUAGGUAACCAACACUGAAAACUUUGUAGUGAUAACUACCAAAGAAAUACAUAGUGAAACAACCUUUUAUUUCCAAAUUUAUUAAAGAACCAGCCAUUGACGCUGCUACAUGAGUUCCAUGCUCAAGAGCCAUUGUAAGAGAUUAAGGGGUUUUUAGUUUCUUUUUUGUUUUUUUUUUUUCUUGUUUUCUUUUUUCUAUUUUUUUAAAAACAUACACACACACCUGUUAGCAUAAAAUGAGGAGCAUCUUCCAGAAUGCUCAGCAGUUACAGUUAACUGCCAAGCUCUGGUUAUCUCUCAUUAGGCAGUGGAAGGAAUCCUGCAUUCAUGAUCACGUGGGUGCUGUGUGUGUGCACGUGUGUGUGUGUGCAUUCAUGCCUUAACUCGAGUUACUGCUCAACUUUAGUUCUUGACUUGGUCUGCACCGUCAUCGAGAUUGUACUGUACAUCUCGAUCUGAACUUCAUCCUGGCAAAAACAAAGUUGCAGGCACAACAGUUUGAGAAUGCAUUCCUCCGGAAGAGUGUUUGAUCAGGUUGACCCUGAGCCUUUGGACUUCAUUUGGAACUUAGCAUGGAAAACAAAAGCGGACUGUCAAAUAGAAAGACAUCAACAAGGAAGAGAGGAGAGCCAAGUGCUAGCAUUGUCUUUUGCCUCUGCAUCUCCGUGCACACUGUAUGUUGUUCAUGAUAGCUUGUUUACAACUUGACUAGGUUGGAGUUCUGGUGAUAGUGGCAAUCUUGACAUACUUGGUCAGAGUUUAGAGAGCUGUAAGACUUCCAAUUAAUGUCUUAUUUACUUCUUUAUGUUGAUUAGUCUUUGAUACAUGUGCUGAAUCAGAAACCUAAAUAAAGAUAAUUUUUUAAAAUGUA